GUGUGCGUGUUCACUUGGAUUUGAGUCUUCCGGACGCGCUGCUCUCUCUCCGCUCCGGUUCUCAGCUGUUUGCACUUUGGCAAGGUGAGACGAUCAGCAGCAAGAACGCAUGAGUUCAGCCAGAAUCAGGAUCAGAAUCAGCUUUAUUGCCAAGUAUGCUUACACAUACAAGGAAUUUGUCUUGGUGACAGAAGCUUCCAGUGCACAAACAAUACAGCAACAAGACAGAGAAAGUUUUGAAACUUCAGACUAAGAGAGCUUCAGAGCAAAGGAUAGUGUCUGAUCUAAAGAGGACACAAUGUCGGGAUCAUUACCAUUCUACCAGAAACACCACCGUCACUAUGAUCGUGGCUACCGUAGCCGGGAGACCGAGUCUGCGAUCAGCCAAUACCAGCAGAGCUCAAGCAGUUAUACCAAAAGCACCAAGGGCCUCAGAGCUGCCACAUACACUGCUCUAGAUGAGAGCAGGCUGAGCCCUCUGCCUAAGAGAGCCAAACCCACUUAUCUGGCCAUGGACAAGGAGAACCAGAUCAUCGGUUAUGUGGUGCCCAUCUUCAGGGGCAGUCGUGAGUUUGAAAGCGGCCUGUCAGACACUGAGGAGGUGCGCGCUAAAGAGAGCGCUGGUUAUCUGGCGCGCCGUGACCUCUUCAGUAGCGGAAUGGAGUCGGAGCGCACGGAACACAAGUCCCGCAGAACCAUCAUGAGGGAGUCUGCAGAACGCAUCUCCCUUAGCAAGAGGAUCCAUGAGAACGAGGAGUACCAUAAGCGUCUGAACGAGGACAGCCUAAUGCACACACCAGAGUUUGUGAUCAGGCCACGUUCACACACUGUUUGGGAGAAACAGUGUGUGCGGCUGCACUGUACCAUCUCAGGAUGGCCGGAACCACGCAUAGUGUGGUACAAGAACAAUGUCAGCAUUGAUCCCAUGGCCAACCCAGGGAAGUAUAAAGUGGUCAGCAGUUAUAAUGUCCACUCACUGGAGAUUAACAGGUGUGACUUUGAUGACACUGCACAGUAUCGUGUGUCGGCCAUGAACAGCAAGGGCGAGAUCUCGGCUUUAGCUUCUGUUGUCGUCAAAAGAUUCAAAGGAGAAAUCGAUGAGUCUCUACCAUCUCCCAGACUCCAAAACAGAAAGUUCGGCUUUGAAGCUCCAUGUCUGGAGUAUGGUGUGAAGUUCGAGACACACAUUGUGGAGAAGUUUGGUGUGUCUUUUGGCCGUGAGGGUGAGACAUUGAGUUUGGGCUGCUCUGUCAUCAUCUACCCUUCACUGCAACGCUUCCAACCUGAGAUUGAGUGGUACAGAGAUGAUAAACUACUGAUGCCUUCAAAAUGGGUUCAGACGCAUUGGAGCGGCGACAGAGCCACACUCACUCUCACACACCUCAACAAGGAGGACGAGGGGCUGUACACACUCCGCGUCAUCACCAAGUCUGGCUUUGAGACACACUCCGCUUAUGUCUUUGUCAGAGAUGCUGAUGCUGAUGUUGCGGGCGCUCCAUGUGCCCCGUUAGAUGUGUAUUGUCAGGAGGCCAAUAAGGAUUAUGUCAUUGUUACCUGGAAACAGCCGGCUGUGGAUGGCGGAAGUGCCAUCUUGGGCUACUUUGUUGACAGAUGUGAAGUUGGUACUACACACUGGGCACAAUGUAAUGACACUCCGGUGAAGUUUGCACGUUUCCCUGUGACUGGUCUUGUGGAAGGACGCAGCUACAUGUUCCGUGUGCGUGCUGUGAAUAAGGCUGGAAUGAGCCGCCCGUCACGUGUAUCUGAACCAGUUGCAGCGAUGGACCCUGCAGACCGGGCGAGAAAAGGUGCAUCUGCUCCUUGGACUGGACAGAUAAUUGUAACUGAGGAGGAGCCAGUGGAGGGCGUGGUUCCAGGCAGACCUGGCGAGCUCACUGUCAAUGAGGCCACUAAAAACUAUGUGGUGUUGAGCUGGAAGCCCCCGGGUGAGAAAGGUCAUGAAGGGGUCAUGUAUUAUGUGGAAAAGUGUGUGUCAGGUACGGACAGCUGGCAACGGGUGAAUACUGAUAUCCCAGUGAAAUCACCAAGGUUUGCUCUGUUUGAUCUGGCGGAAGGAAAGUCGUAUCGCUUCCGUGUUCGCUGCUGUAACUCGGCUGGUGUUGGAGAACCAUCAGAACCGACCGAAGCCAUCACAGUCGGGGACAAGCUGGAUAUCCCAUCUGCCCCUGGCCGUGUGGUGCCUACCCGCAAUACAGACACAUCUGUGGUGGUUUCAUGGGAGGCAUCUCGUGAUGCUAAAGAGCUGGUGGGUUACUACAUAGAGAGCAGCAUUGCAGGGAGCAACACUUGGGAGCCAUGCAACAACAAGCCUGUUAAAGGCACUAGGUUUAUCUGUCAUGGCUUGACCACAGGAGAGCGUUACGUUUUCCACGUAAGAGCCGUCAAUGCUGCGGGAAUCAGUGAAUGCUCACAAGAGUCUGAAGCUAUAGAGGUUAAAGCUGCUAUUGGGGGCGGUAUUCAUCAUGCGUCCCCUGCUCCGCCCUUUGGCAUCACAGUGUUGGAGAGUGUGCGCGACUCAAUGGUGUUAGCCUGGAAACAGCCCACUUUCAUCGGUGGCGCUGAUAUCACAGGUUACUUUGUUGAUUACCGUGAGGUCAUUGGUGGAGUGCCGGGAAAAUGGCACGAGGCGAAUAUCAAGUCUGUCAGCGAGAGAGCGUACAGAAUUUCAGAGUUGAAGGAGAACAUGCUGUACCAGUUCCAGGUGCGUGCUGCCAACAUGGCUGGCGUGGGCAUCCCGUCUCUUCCCAGUGAUGUAUUCAAGUGUGAGGAGUGGACCAUUGCUGUACCAGGUCCACCCCAUGACCUCCAAAUACAGGAGGUGCGUAAGGACUCUUUGGUGUUGCUGUGGAAACCACCUGUCUAUCAGGGUCGUGAUGCUGUCAAUGGAUACUACAUUGAUAUCAAGGAGGCUGAAGCAGACUUUGAGAUGUGGAGAGGAGUCAAUGAGAAAGCCACUAACAAGGCGUUCAUGAAGAUCAAGAAUCUGAAGGAGGGCGAGUCUUAUGUGUUCCGUGUGCGCGCUCAGAACAAGGCCGGCGUAGGAAAAGCAUCCGAGCAAACAGAGCCAGUUGAGGCUGUGACUAAACCAGGUACUGCUGAGAUAGUUGUGAACGUUGACGAUGAUGGCGUCAUUUCACUCAAUUUUGAGUGUUCUAAACUCACGGCGGACUCCAAAUUUGUCUGGUCCAAAAACUACAAGGAAAUGGAAGAAACUGGAUGCAUGACAUUCGAGACCAAGGGCAACAAGUCUAAAGCCAUCUUUAACACACCUUCUGAAGAUGAUCUGGGUAUCUACUCUUGUGUCGUAACACACACUGAUGGAGUCUCCGCUAGCUACACACUCACUGAGGAAGGUCUAAAAGAUUUGCUGAAGAUCAGCCAUGAGCACAAAUUCCCCAUUAUCCCUCUGAAAACCGAGCUGGCCGUGGAGCUGCUGGAGAAGGGAAGAGUUCGCUUCUGGCUGCAGGCUGAAAAGAUCUCUGCUAAUGGAAAAGUGGAAUACGUGUUCAAUGACAAUAUGAUUUCUCAGGGAGAGAAAUACAAGAUGAACUUUGAUAAGAAUACAGGCAUUAUUGAGAUGUUCAUAGAGUCGCUGGGCAAAGAGGACGAAGGAACCUUCACUUUCCAGCUACAGGACGGCAAAGCCACUAACCAGUCCAGUCUAGUGCUAAUCGGAGAUGUGUUCAAGCAGUUACAGAAGGAAUCUGAGUUCCAGAGGAAAGAAUGGCACAGGAAACAAGGUCCACACUUCGUGGAGUAUCUUAGCUAUGAAGUUACACCUGAGUGUUGUGUACGACUGAAGUGUAAGGUUGGUAACAUGAAGAAAGACUCUGUUGCUCUGUGGUAUAAAGAUGGACGAGAAAUUAAAGUCAGUGAGAAACUGGAUUUCUCUGAAGGAGUGCUGACCUUAGAGAUCACCCAGAUCUCGAAGAAGGAUGCUGGUAUUUAUGAAGUGGUUUUGAAGGAUGACAGAGGCAAAGACUCCUCCACACUCAACCUCACUGACCAAGGAUUCAAAGACUUGAUGAAUCAGGUCUUCAGUGUUAUUGCAAACUCCUCGACACCACUGAAGAUCCAGAGCACAGAGGAGGGCAUUAGACUCUACUCCUUCGUCAGCUACUACAACGAUGAACUGCAUGUCACCUGGCACCACAAGGAAGCCGCAAUUGCCUUUACCGAGCGCAUUAAGAGUGGUGUGGUGGGCGAGCAGCUCUGGCUGCAGAUUUCUGAGCCCACUGAGAAAGAUAAAGGCAAAUACGCCAUCGAGUUCUUUGAUGGUAAAGGAGGUCUGCGCAGAACUGUGGAACUGGCUGGACAAGCAUUUGAUGAUGCAUAUGCUGAGUUUCAAAGACUCAAGGCUGCAGCCAUUGCAGAGAGAAAUCGUGCCCGUGUGGCAGGUGGCCUGCCUGAUGUCGUGACUAUUCAAGAGGGAAAGUCCUUGAACCUGACCUGCGAUAUCUGGGGUGACCCCAUGCCAGAGGUCACCUGGUUGAAGAACGAGCGCGAGAUGGUUUCAGAUGAUCACUACAUACUCAAGUUUGAGUCGGGCAAGUUCGCCAGUUUCACCAUCACCAGUGUCAACACGGCCGACUCGGGCAAGUACAGCAUUCUGGUGAAGAACAAGUACGGCACGGAGAGCGGCGAUUUCACCUUGAAAGUGACGGAAAGCAUGGGUGAUUUUGGUGUGAUUUCAUACCUCGCUGAUGUGGAUGGAAACGUGACUGUUGGACCUUCGACUCCUGCAUCCACCUGUCAUUCAGCAAAACAAGCCCCUCCUACCCCAACUCCACCAAAACCAAAAUCAGCUACCCCAAUCCCCAAAAAUCAAACUCCAAUUACUCCAACUCCUUCAACCCCAGUUACUCCAAAUCCACCAACACCAAUUUCCAUGACCCCGAUCCCCAAAAAUCCAAGCCCAGUUACUCCAAAUCCACCAACACCAACCUCAGUGACCCCGAUCCCCCAAAAUCCAACCCCAGUUACUCCAAAUCCACCAACACCAACCUCAAUGACCCCAGUCGCCCAAAAUCGAACCCCGGUUACUUCAAAUCCACCAACUUCAAUGACCCCGAUCCCCCAAAAUCCAACCCCAGUUACCCUGACACCCGAAAGUCAAACCCCAGCUACAAUCCCAACUGCACCCACCCCUCAGCCCUCCACUCCCACACCAGAUAAGAAAUCCAAAAAUGAGGCAAAAGAUGAUAAAGGGAAGGCAACAAUGCAGAAAGACUCUGUAAAUCUGAAUCAACCUGCUGAAGAGGGAGAGGCAGUUGAAGCUGCUACAACAGAAGCCACACCCAGUGUCACAUCUAUAUCAGAUCCGGCACCAGAGCCCAACCCAGAGGAAUCGACAUCAGUUCCAGAAACUGCAAACGAGGAAUGAGAGAGUCUGACAAAGAAAGAUAUUUAGAAAUGCUUGAGAACAUAUAAUAUUGGCUAUAGGCGCUUGUGCUAUCUAUCUUUAAAUUAACACCACUUUAUUUUAUUAUCUUAUGCAAUGACAUUCACUUAUUUUUAUGUGUCUUACUUGUUUAAAUAAUUUUUGGGGACACUGUAGUUUAACUAAACAUGUAUUCAUGUUUUAAAAUUAGGUAUAGGGAUUUGAACCAUGUUUGUAAUAUUUAGAAAUUAGAAGGUGCUGUAAGUGAUAAACAGGCCCCUCAUUCCAAACCUGCUCUCUAGGAGGCCAUUCAGAGAUGGAGCAUGAGAGCAUCUUAAUAUCACAAGUAAAAAAACAAAUAAAGUAAAAAUGCAAUUUGAUUUCUACAAACCUGAAUGUUUCACUGUCCUUGUAGAUACAGUCUAUAAUGUCAAAAGCAAUGGUAGAAAAAUAGCGUUGUCACACAAACUGACUGCUGUCAAACUGGCGCUCUCAGCUUCAUGCUGCCCAUAAAUGGGCUGCCCUGUGAAUGCACAGAAGCCAGAGGUUAUUUAGCAGAGAUGGGUCACUUCGUUAAAAUUAAUGAGAGAAAUUGGAAUGGUCAACUGAUGUAGAAAGGAAGUCCCGUCCUGCACGUAAAAGAGCCGAUCACCUUUUAGAUGCAGACAUUGUCUGUCAAUCAACUCAAGAACGCGCAUGCGCAUUAGCUAUACAAGCUGGGAAAAUUUUGGUAAAAAAGCACAAUUAAUGAUACCAGUGUUGUCAGAUUUUACUGCUGAUUUGAAAUAUGUUCUUUGAUCGUAAUCUUGACUAACCCUUUAGUAGAUUUUGGUCUUUCCCCAUUCAAGUAGAUAGGAGCUGCACUUGUAUGCCACUUAUUUACAUAGAAAAUAACUGCCCAAGAGCAUCCAAAGAUGGCCGCCGAGUGACCUGACUUGCUAAAAAGACAUUGCAGAAGUGCUUCAAAGUCUUCUGAUUAGCAGUAACCGCCUGCUGCACGCAUGCAAUUUGUUUCCACUGUGCUUCGUGGAGGUUUCAGCUGUUUCAAACAGGUUUGAUAUUUCAUGGCACCCAUUUCAGUGAUAUCUGACAGAUACCUGGAGUGGGGACAUUUUCAUAUUAUUUACAGCAUCUUUAAAAUGGUUGUUUUUGUUGUAAUUGUGGAGUGUUUUCUGUGUGGUGUGUUCCACGGAAGGCUUGGUACUUACCUGUAAUAAAUGAUGUGACCUAAAUAAAGCAGUUCACUCUCUCACUCAA